GAGAAUUUAGCACUAUUUGGAAUGAGAAAUUACUGGUGAUCUCAUAAUGCUAAUGGGUUCUGAAGUUUACCCUUGGUCUUAAUAUUUUCCUUCUGUUUAAUUCAGGACCGUAUAUGAGUUUCAUUAAUUUGGAAUUGGGUUUACUUCUGGAUUAUGAAAAAAGACUCUUCUAAUAGUACUAUAGAAAAGUGUUUUAAUCUAGCCAUAAAUAUACUUGGAAACUAUAUAUAACCAAUGUUGUAAUUAAAAACUAGUUUUUGCUUUAUUAGUUUUAAAAAAUAAGAGCUUUAAUAUAAAAACUUGCAAAUAGAAGAUAUUUAUUAAUUUUUAAGCUAUCAUAUAAAGAGAUGGGUUUUACCUGUCUGCUAACAUGGCCACAUUUGUAGUGUUGCCCUCUGAUCAGCAUGUAUUAAUUUGUAUGUGAAUUGAGAUUUCUAGACAAAACCUAUCAUGAUUUACAUAUAGCUUUAUAAUCAAAGGACUAUAAAUUCUUCAAAGCUAUGAAUGAUAAAUCUCAGGCAUUUUUAACUAUUUGCAUCAAAUUUUGUUUUUUAGAUGAAGGCAUCACUUUAAAUACUGUUGCUUUUAUUUCAACUGGACCACUGUGACAACUAGAAAAGCUCCUGUGACAAAAUUCAAGGAAAUCUGAUAUAAAUGAGUAACAACUCGACAUGCAUUCAACCAUCCAUGAUUUCUACCACAGCUUUACCGGUCACUUAUGUCUUUUUGUGUGUUGUUGGUCUCUUUGGAAACUCACUUGCUCAGUGGGUAUUUUUAACAAAAAUAGGUAAGAAAACGUCAACGCAUGUCUACCUGGCAAAUCUUGUGACUGCAAACUUACUUGUGUGCACUGCCAUGCCUUUCAUGGGUAUCUAUUUCUUGAAGGGUUUCUAUUGGAAAUAUCAAUCUGUACAAUGCAGACUGGUCAAUUUUUUGGGAACCCUAUCCAUGCAUGUGAGUAUGUUUGUCAGCCUCUUAAUUUUAAGCUGGAUUGCCAUAAGCCGUUAUGCUACCUUAAUGAAAAAGGAAUCCAUGCAAGAGGCCACCACCUCAUGCUAUGAGAGAAUGUUCUAUGGUCACUUACUAAAAAGAUUUCGCCAGCCCAACUUUGCCAGAAAAAUGUGCACUUACAUAUGGGGAGUUGUGCUGGUCAUAAUUAUUCCUGUUAUCCUAUACUACUCAGUUGUAGAGGCUACAGAAGAAGGAGAAAGACAGUGCUACAAUCGGCAGAUGGAACUGGGAGCCAGGAUCUCUCAGAUUGCAGGUCUCAUUGGAACCACAUUUAUUGGAUUCUCAUUUUUAGUAGUAGUAACAUCAUACUAUUCUUUUGUCAGCCAUCUGAGAAGAGUAAGGACCUGCACCUCCAUUACAGAGAGAGAUUUGACCUACAGAUCUGUGAAAAGGCAUCUUUUGAUCAUCCAGGUCCUCUUAGUAGUUUGCUUUCUUCCAUAUAGUAUUUUUAAACCCAUUUUUUAUGUUCUGCACCAGAGAGGAGACUGUCAGCAGCUGAAUUAUUUAAUAGAAGCAAAAAAUAUCCUCACUUGCCUUGCGUCAGCCAGAAGUAGUACAGAUCCCAUUAUAUUUCUUUUAUUAGAUAAAACAUUCAAGAAGACACUAUAUAAUCUCUUUACAAAAUCUUAAUUCACCACAUAUACUACCAUAUGGUUGACUUUUGAAUGGAAACCACCACAAAAUAGAAAAGCAUUCAUGUGACUCUAUUAGUGACAUUAAAUUAAUUGAUGAAAAUGUCACAGCUUGGUUGACAAUGGGCACCAGCAAACCUCUUUGGGUUUUAUAAAUAAAUAAAGGCAUAAAAUUGGAUGUACAGUUCUAUUUAUACUGAAAGUCAAGAUGACAGAGACUUCCAGAAGCAAGUCAAGUAUACCACAAGAAUUCCACUGUGUAUGAAAUCAAACUCUUUUUUUGUUUUCAGUCAAUCGUGGAUCUUCUGUCCAAUACACAAUAUUUUAUGACUUGAAGGAUAAAGAAGCAAAAGGCUUAUAGGUGUGCAUGCUUUCUAACCGAAUACAUGGACUCAUCUAUGGUUAAAUUUUAUUCUGUUGCUAACCUAAAAAAAAAUUAGAAAUGUUAAGUACUGGAAAAAUUCAACCAGUAAGAAACAUCUUCAUUUAAAUCCUAUCUAACUGCAUGAAUAAUGCAUUGUAAAGUAAAUUUGGUAUUAUCUGGCUCAUUUUACUGGGAAAGGCAUAUUCAAUGAUUCUAAUAUUUAAUAAAUAGAUUUCACUUACAAAUAUGCUUAAACAUUUGGAUUAUGAUUUGUCAAAAUAAAAGGCAAUAUAAUAUAUAAUUAUAUGCCCAUCUUCAUGCUAUUUUCAUAUAUUUCCAAUAUAAAUAAUGAUGUUAUUAUUAAUGACAGUACCUGCUAUAUAGUUAUGUUCAAUUAAUUUCUGUAAACUAAAUGAAUGAAUGGUAAAGAAGUGUAAUCUUGUUACAUAAAAGACUAGCCUUUGGUUAAACUCUCUGGUUCAGUACUGGCUCAAUCUCUUAUUUAGCUGGACAUGUUAAUUUCCUUAAUCAUGGAGCAGAAAAUAUGACCCGACUCAUAUCAUUACUAUUAAAUCAGAUACUGCUACUAUGGUGAGCUAGCAGCUAGUCAGCACUUGUUGUAUGCUAGGUCCUCUGUGUAUGUGCUUCAUGAGCAGAAUGUUAAUCAUCACAACCAUAAAGCAUGUUAAUGUACUUACUGAUGAAAAAACCCAGAUGCAUAGUUAAGAGGUCAUCAAUUCCUCCAGUAUAUACAUAUAUUUAAGAAGUAGUUAUUUCUUAGUGAUAAUUUCUUUCAUGUAAUCUCGCCAGUAAGAAAAAUAGUGAUUAUAUUCUGUAUUAUAUACAUUAUGAUUAAAAAGCAAAAAUAAAAACUGUGUAUUUCCUAAAUUAUCAUAAGCUCCUUUGGAGCUAUAAUCUAUCUUCUUUUUCUACUUCCGUUCUCUUCUGACAUAGAAACAAAAGAAAAGAGUUGAUAAAAUGGAUAAAUUAAUGGAUAAAAUCAACCAUUAAUCACAAUUUAUCACUUUGUUAGAAACUGCUUAAAGGCUCAUUUUCUUCUCUUCCACAUGGUAAUCACUUCAGUGUUCAAAAAGAAGUUCUCAUUAAGUUCAUGUGAUACUACAAAUCUUUAAUUUUAAGGCAGGGUUAGUUCCUGAAAUAGAAGUGUAGAACAGAUGUUCUAAGAGCUAUGUGCUCAAAAUUAAUAGACAUUGUGUGUAAUUUUCAUCAAAACUCAAUACAGAAAUCUUGUUGUUGUUUUUAUUUC